GUUUCUCUCUUCUCUUUUCUUCAGAUCCUAAAAAAUGGAGAAUUUUGGUGCCAAAAAUAGGCAAAAUCAAAAUGUGCAAAACCCAAUAAUGAAAUCUGACAAAUGUUUGUUGUCAACACAAAUUCUGUUGAGAAUUUUGGCAAUUGCAUUCACAUUGGCAGCAACUUCCAUCAUUCUCACAAGCAAACAAGCGGUUACUGUAUUUGGCAUUGAAAUGGAUGCACGCUAUAGUUAUUCUUCAGCUUUCAAGUUCUUUGCUAUUACAAAUAUGGUUGGAUGUGCUUUCUCUGUUUUGUCCCUAAUUGUAGCCUCUGUUCUUGCUCAUAAAAGUUCUGAUCCAAAGAACUAUUUUUACAUGUUCAUUCAUGAUUUGAUUACGAUGGCAUUGCUACUGGCUGGAUGUGCAGCAGCAACAGCAGUUGGAUAUGUGGGAAAAUAUGGACAGACUCAUUCAGGAUGGCUGCCAAUUUGUGAUCAUGUUGACAAAUUUUGUCGAAAAGUUUCACAUAGUAUCAUGCUUUCUUACAUUGCAAUGAUACUCUACCUUUGCCUCACUAUAAUCUCAGCAAAUCAAUCCAGAAAAAUCAUGGUUUAACAAGUAGAAACAAUUAUCAAUGUUGUUGUAGGUUGUUUUAGUUUUUGGUGUAAUCAUUACUUGCUUCUAGUUGCUAGCUACUUUUAAUAUAUAAUAUAUGAAAUUAUAUAAUCCUUAGUUUGAGUUUUUGUA